AUGGCCGCCGCAAUUCCUGUUUUUACAAUCUAUGAUGCCAUGGUUUUAUGUCAAAUCCCUGACACUGGGAAUUUCCAAGGACAAACUGACGCUCAACGUAUGGCAGAAGAGCUCUUUGACAACGAUUUUGGCACUGCCAUGACCAAGUCAAUCAAGCAAGUCAACAUGGACCUUGCAAUGCUUGCAUCCUUGACCGCUAUGCAAGAAUCGGUGAUGGACCACACACAUCAUCACAACUUUCUAGAUUUCCUUUUACGAACGUCUAUCAACUUUCCUUUACUUUUAUCAUCUUCCUAGUUUUGUCUGUCUUUGCUCAGCAAGAACCACACUGCUGUGAAGAUGAAGAAACUCCAGGGAGAUUUGCUAGCCAUUGCCGUGGAACGCACCUUUGAUGUCAUCGUCCAUGGCUGCAACUGCCAGGGCCACAUGGGCGCCGGGAUUGCCAAAAGCAUCAAGAUCCAAUUUCCCGAAGCCUUCAUAGCCGACAAGCAGACCACAGCAGGAGAUUUUGACAAAUUGGGUACCUAUACAACCACCCAUAUCCAAAGAGGUGAUGACCACAGUACUACUAUCCAAUUUUACAUUGUGAAUGCCUAUACUCAAUUUCAUUGGAAAGGUAAAGGUGUCAGGGCAGAUUAUCAUGCCAUUCGCGGUGUCUUUUCAAAACUCAAGCAAGAAUUUUCAGGAUUGCGGAUUGGGUAUCCAAUGAUCGGAGCAGGACUGGCAGGGGGUGAUUGGGAAUUGAUUUCUGAAAUCAUUGACGAAGAACUCGAAGGCGAAGAUCAUACACUAGUGGAAUUCGUUCCUCCUCCGCUUCAUCCUGAACAAGAAGGUCUUAUACAGAAACGAUCAACAAUGGAUCACGUGACAAAAACAGGAAGAAAGAAAUUCAAAAAGUGA